AUGGAGCCCGACGGCUCAUCUGAAGCAGAAGGCAGAGCAGCUUUCAGCAUCUUCGAGCAACGGCGUGCUCAGCUUCAGGCUUCUGUGGUGCGCGACCGUGGCGUGAUCUACUUUGCGUCGCCACGGACUGCGGCGGAUGCAUUCCCGCCAAGGUCCAUGGACUUAGCCCUGGUUGACUUCCGUGGGUGCUCUGCGGAGUUAGUGCAGGAACGGUUUGCACUUUGGGAGUCCAAGGUGAAGCCUGGUGGAAUCUUGCUGGGAGUGGGAUUCGCCCCUACCUUUCCGGAGAUUGUGACGGCUGUGUGUGCCCAGCGCUUCAGCACAGAUCUCCACAUCGGUACAGGAGGCGGCUUCUGGUGGCUUGUGGAGCCCCCAGAGGAAGAGUGA